UGAUCUCUCCGACCAAACCCAAGCAGCUUCUCCCUCUUAAAUACCUCUUCCUUCUUCUAAGAUCUCUGGACCAUUCUGUACUUUCCCUCAAACCCAAAACACAUUUUGUUUUUUGUUUCCCAUCUAAAAUGCGUAUGAGUUGUAACGGAUGUCGAGUUCUACGAAAAGGCUGCAGUGAAAACUGUAGCAUAAGACCUUGUCUUCAAUGGAUCAAAUCCGCUGAAUCUCAAGCCAACGCCACCGUCUUCCUCGCCAAGUUUUAUGGCCGUGCGGGGCUCAUGAACCUCCUCAACACCGGUCCUGACCACCUCCGUCCUGCGAUAUUUAGAUCAUUGUUGUACGAAGCAUGCGGGAGGAUUGUGAAUCCGAUAUACGGAUCCGUGGGGUUAUUGUGGUCAGGAAACUGGCAUCUUUGUCAAGCGGCCGUUGAGGCAGUAAUGAGAGGCUCACCCGUGACUCCGAUCGCAUGCGACGCAGCGGUUACUGGUCAAGCACCUCCUUUUAACAACAAGCUUUGCGACAUAAGACACGUGUCAAGCAGGGACGAGAACGUUAAGAGACGGAGCCGUGGUGCAUGCAAGGAAGAGAGAAACGUGAGGUCUUUGAGUCAUGAGUCGUCACUGAGUCACGAGUCACCGGUGUCUUCUGAGGAGACGACGACGGAGGAACCAAAGACUUGGAUCGGGCUUGAGCUGACUUUGGGGUUGGAGCCUUUAGCACGUGGAAAUCACGUGGUGGUACCGAUGAAGAAAAGAAAGUUAGAGAGGUGUGGCACGUCUGAGGAUGAGGACACGUGUAAGAUUGAGCUUGGACUGGUGUGCAGUGAGUGAAUGGUUCUUUUUUUGUGGCUGGUCUUAAUUACAAGUUUUGGUGUUGAGUUUUAGGUGUACAAAUAGAGAUUAACGAAUCUCUCUUUUUUCUCUUUUUGAGUUUUAUGUUUUGUUUUGUUUUCUUUUGCAUGUUCGGUGUUCUUCAUAAAUAUGUAUGAUGAAUGAUAAAGAGGUCUUAACUUAACAAAUCUUGGUUCGGAUCGAC